AUGUGGUCGUUGUUACAGGUUUCACUGUUGCUUUUCUUUGUGUCACGGUGUUCCGUCUUGGCUGAGGAUGAUCGUUGUCAAGGAGUUCCUGACCUGAGCUAUAUCCCUAGUCCCAACGCAUGCUACCUUUACUACAACUGUAUCGAUGGCAACGCGUACCCACAAAUCUGCCCCACCGAUGAAUGGUUCUCAAUGCAACAGCAACGAUGUGUGCCAAAAAAUCAAUCGGAAUGCGAUCUUGACGAGCCUCCAGCACUGCCAGAAGCACCCGCUCCUGAUCCAUCACCAUUGUGUGACGGUGUACCCAAUUUCCGCUACAUAGCUAGUGUUGACUCGUGUCAGUGGUACUACCAGUGUAUCGAUCGGAUCGCGUACCGUCUGUCCUGUCCGCUGUUUUACUGGUUCGACGAAACUCUUCAGCGUUGCGGCACGCGAUACGAUGUGGAAUGUGACCAUGAGCUAGCUACUUCCACACCGGUGGCAACGCCCCCAACGGUGGAUCCGCUGGAAAUAUGCUACGGGCAACCAGACACCGCUUUAAUUCCUAGUAAUACGCUUUGCGAGCGAUAUUACUCCUGCUAUCAGGGCGUUGCUUACCCAAACACUUGUCCAAGCGGAUUGUGGUUCAAUCCAGAAUCAGGCGAAUGUGACAAUCCGGAAAAUGUGGAAUGUGCAGCUAAUACGGCAUCACCUCAAUGA